AUGCUUGUGGAUUCAGAACUUCUAGUGGUGGAUGUUGUCGAGAGUCCAGAAGAUAAGAAUAAGGGUGACAAUAAGACAAUUGAUAAUGAAAGGGAAAAUGUUGCGAAUGGUGUUGGCCACGCUUACAGAGCCAGCAGCAUGACCAAAGGACCCAUCGCUUUGCUGGUAAGGGAUGUUGUGGGGCGAACAGAUUUUUCCCUUCCCAACCCUCGUUUCCAUAAUUAUUCUUGUCCUGAUUACGGACCCACCCAGCCCAUAGUGAGCGGUGAAGGUGAUCGAUCGACUAAUCGCCGUGCAAAACGAGCGGAAAUAAUGGAGUGGCUUGCAUUUGCAUUUGCAUUCGCAUUUGAAUUUGCAUUCGCUGACUUUGUUGGGGAAACAAUGACACAUUCUGUUGUUACCAUUGAGGUGGUAAAGAAAAGCUAA